AUGCCAAGUACUACGCUGAAUGCACUGCUGCGGCUUAAGAAAGCACAAAUUGAUCUAAGAAGCUACAAGUGUGUUUUAGAGCUAAACGGAAACAAUUUAAACGAACUUAAAUUACAAAACAAUUUAAAUGUACAGGUAUUAAAAGAGGCCAAAAAAUUAAAUAUCUCAUUUCGCUCAGAAGAGAUUGAAAAGAACCUCAAGUUGACAGAGGAAGGGACCGAGUUACUAAUUAAACUAACAGAAAUACCAAAAACUACACCAGGGGCAACAUCAAAUGACACCAAGGACGACACCGAAGACACCAAAGACACCAGCAACAAUGCGACGACACCAGCGACGAUACAGACAACACUAGUGAAGACAACAGCGACGACGCGACAACACCAGCAAUGGCACGGCCUGAAAAAAAAAUAA